GCGGGGAGAGGCGGAGCCGCGAGAGCGCGGCCCGGGCCGGCCCCGCGGGGCGGUCGCGGCCGUGACGGCGGCUCCGGGCCCGGCUCCCCUUCCGCACCCCUCCCGCCGGAGAUGAGGGGAAGAUGUCCGUGUCAGGGCUCAAGGCCGAGCUGAAGUUCCUGGCGUCCAUCUUCGACAAGAACCACGAGAGAUUCCGCAUCGUCAGUUGGAAGCUGGACGAGCUGCAUUGCCAGUUCCUGGUGCCGCCACCGGCGCCGCCAGGCAGCCCUCACUCCCCGCCGCCGCCGCUCACACUCCACUGCAAUAUCACGGAAUCUUAUCCAUCUUCUUCACCAAUAUGGUUUGUGGACUCUGAUGACCCAAAUCUGACAUCAGUUCUGGAACGUCUAGAAGACACUAAGAACAACAAUUCGCUUCGUCAGCAGUUGAAGUGGUUGAUAUGUGAACUCUGCAGAUUAUAUAACCUUCCUAAGCACCUGGAUGUUGAGAUGCUAGAUCAACCACUACCCACGGGUCAGAAUGGGACAGCAGAAGAAGUGACUUCAGAAGAGGAGGAAGAGGAAGAGAUGGCUGAAGAUAUAGAAGACUUAGAUCAUUAUGAAAUGAAGGAAGAAGAGCCUAUUAGUGGGAAAAAGUCAGAGGAUGAAGGAAUUGAAAAAGAAAAUUUGGCAAUAUUAGAGAAAAUUAGGAAGACUCAAAGGCAAGACCAUCUAAAUGGUGCAGUGUCUGGGUCUGUACAAGCUUCAGAUAGACUUAUGAAAGAGCUCAGGGACAUAUACAGAUCACAGAGUUAUAAAACAGGGAUUUAUUCAGUGGAACUCAUAAAUGACAGUUUAUAUGACUGGCAUGUUAAACUGCAGAAGGUUGAUCCUGAUAGUCCUUUGCACAGUGAUCUUCAGAUCUUAAAAGAAAAAGAAGGCAUAGAAUAUAUUUUGCUUAACUUCUCUUUUAAGGAUAACUUUCCAUUUGAUCCUCCAUUUGUUCGAGUGGUGUUACCUGUUCUCUCAGGAGGGUAUGUGUUGGGUGGUGGAGCAUUAUGCAUGGAACUACUCACAAAACAGGGCUGGAGCAGUGCCUAUUCAAUAGAAUCGGUCAUCAUGCAAAUCAAUGCCACCUUAGUCAAAGGCAAAGCCAGGGUGCAGUUUGGCGCAAAUAAGAAUCAAUAUAAUCUAGCAAGAGCCCAACAAUCCUAUAAUUCCAUUGUACAGAUACAUGAGAAAAAUGGCUGGUACACCCCUCCAAAGGAAGAUGGCUAAAUGUGUUGACUUUUGUAUGUUUGGACCAAUGUUGCUUUAAAGAAAAUCUUUCCAACAUGCAGACACAAGCUUUGAGUGCCCCUAUAACAGCAGUACCGAAGAUGUUAGCUAAUAGAUAUUUUAGUGGAUAAU